GCCUUCAGCCCCCUCCUCACUUGCACAGACAGACACCACUACCACACGGCUGUGCUUCGUGAUCAUCUUCCCAACCGUGUGCCUCAGAGCUCACCACAAUUCUAGCUCCUACUUUGCAGCUAUCGUCUACUGAUCAGUCAUCGUCAUGGGAAACUGCCUGGUGAUUCAGGACAGGAAGGAGAUCAAGAUCAUGAGCGUCGACGGCGGCGAGGUCCUCAAGAUGCCGUCCCCCGGCAGCUUGAAGGUCCAGGACGAAGCCCUCACCGAGCCGGGCGUGCUCCCGGUGAAGGCGCCGGCGGCUGGCGUCGACCCUGCAGGCGCCGUCAGGGUGAAGCUGGUGAUCAGCAAGCAUGAGCUGAAGAAGAUGCUCGACAAGGAGGGCAUGUCGCUGGACGACAUGGUGUCCCUCAUGCGCAAAGAGGCGAUCGACCGUGAGCAGCAGGAGGAGUGCUGCGGAGGGUGGCGGCCUGCGCUGGAGAGCAUACCAGAGGGCAGGGAUCUAUAGUAGCCUGGGGAUUGUUCAGACAUCAAAAGUUGCAGAAAAGAAAAGUUGCAAGGUCAUCGAUCCUGCUUACAAGUUACAGGGUACUUUUUGGAAUAAGCAUAAGAAAAAACAUAUGGUAGAUAGCAUAUAUAUAUAUAUAUAUACAUGUAAAUAUAUAGAGAUAUUAUAGAUAUGGUAGGAGUUUUGAGAUAGGGAUUCUCUUCAUCUUUUCUUGCUGCUCACAUGCGUGCAAGCAUGCUUGUAAAGAAGAGGUAAAGAUGAUCCUGGAAAUCAAGCAAGUUGUCACUGUGUCCUCGUAGUCAUCACUCAUCAGCUAGCAAAGCUAUGUGUUGAGCUUUGUUGAUUGUCAGCUUCCUAUCCAUAAGCCUGUUAUAGAUCUAUUAAUUACUUUUUACA